AUGUUUGCGUUUAAUCAAUUUAUCAUCAUUGCUGCACUCACUUUGCUAGCCCGUGACUCCCUGGCCAUCGAAUGUACCCCUGAAAACAUCCCUCAUAGACCUGUGCGCAAAGGGCACUGUUGGAAAGCUAUCUCUCAAAUCGUCUACAACUCUGAUGGAACCCUGGAUAAAACGUCCAGGCGAGUAAAUUACAACUACGGAGAAUGUCAUAUUUCCUUCGACAAUGACCUUGGAGAAGAUGUUACUAAGACACAAAUAGAACAGGGCUUCCACAGGCUCUUCGAUAAAUGCCAAGAUUAUAAUGGCGGAAACACUUACAAUGAAGACGUGCCAACCCAUUUCUACUUCGGCAAUCGCGAACUAGGCACGUUCCAGGCUUGGGAACCCGACUAUCCGGCCGGCGUACCAUCUUGCGAUAUUCUGGACGGCGGCAAACCCAUAACACAAGCCGACUGUGUCCAGGCGCUUGCCAGCAUCCCUGCCGAUGCCCAUGGACGGCUCGUAGGUGAUGACUACCAGCUGACUGACCAUAUUGAAAAACGUUACCGAUCCUGCGUUGUGAAUGUGUACACCUCCGAUUUUUCAAAACUCAUGGUAAUAAAACCGGAUGUUGAAGACAAUCUUGGCAAGACAAUGGACUGGUGCCACGAGAAGUGCGGUGUAAUUCGGAUUCCGGGAGGGGCCGAGGGACCCAAUGGCAGAGCCUACGUGACCUUGAGGAACGUUAAACGGGGUGGCUGUCAGGAACCCCGCACUCCAUUGCGUACCAAAUGA